CUUCAGUUGAAACACGAGCGACCACACGUACACACAACUUCUAAUGUUUAUAGUCGUUAUUUAGCAUGCGACGCUUCCACCCGCGAGUCGAACACUUCGAGUAAACCGUUUGUCCUUCAGAUGGCCACCAUCGUUUUCUGUACAGUCAACAGAACGGCUCAGAGUUCGGCGCGACGAUGUUUAAAUGCACAUUUUCAGCGUGUUAGUGGCGUAAGAGCGUGUCCCUCCACUCACAGUCCGCCACUGACUUCGUUUCCGGGAGCGAGAUGGUUUUCUAGGUUUACCGGGGUGAGGUUUGUGUCCCAUGGGACCGCGGGGAGAUCCACAGCCGGACGAAUCCGGCGAGCUGCUCUGGCGCUGAGCGGAGCCGCAGUCGUGACUGCAGCAGCGGCCACAGCAGUGCUGGUAGCCAACGGCAACCACUUCCAGCGGGCAGAGAUGGCGACUAGAGUCUCCCAAUCAUCCGCGGAGCCGGAGGAGGAAGAGGGGGACAUCCUGGAGAGAUGCCGGGGGUUCAUGUCUCCUCCGGUGACCGACAUUAAGGUGCUGCAGGGCAGGAAAGAGGACAUGAAGACGAGGAUGGAGAUGCUGAUCAUGCAGACUCAGGCCGACUUCUGCAGAGCCCUGGAGAAGGUGGACGGUGGGAAGUUCCAUGUGGACAGGUGGAAAAGAAAGGAAGGUGGUGGAGGAAUCAGCUGUGUGAUGCAGGAUGGAGAUGUGUUUGAGAAGGCUGGGGUCAAUGUGUCGGUGGUGUUUGGGAACCUGACUGAAGAAGCUGCCAAGCAGAUGACGAGCAGAGGAAAAGUCCUCAAAGGGAAAGAUGGGAAGCUGCCAUUUUGUGCCAUGGGCGUGAGCUCUGUUAUCCACCCUAAGAACCCCCACAUCCCCACGGUGCACUUCAACUACAGAUACUUUGAGAUCGAGGAGGAAGAUGGCACAAAGCAGUGGUGGUUUGGUGGAGGCACAGAUCUCACUCCAGUCUACGUUGAUAAAGAGGAUGGGUUUCACUUCCACAACACCCUGAAGGAGGCCUGUGACAAACACCACUCACAGUACUACCCCGAGUUUAAGAAAUGGUGUGACAGGUACUUCUACAUUCGUCACAGAGGAGAGACUCGAGGUAUUGGAGGGAUCUUCUUCGAUGACCUUAACUCCCCGAAUCAGGAAGAAGUGUUCAAGUUUGUCAAGAGCUGUGCUGGCACUGUGGUGCCCUGCUACCUGCCCAUCGUACAAAAACACCUCAAUGACUCCUUUACUGAUGAGGAGAAGAACUGGCAGCAGAUACGACGAGGCAGGUAUGUGGAGUUUAACCUGGUGUACGACAGGGGAGUGAAGUUUGGUUUGGCAACGCCCGGCUCCAGAAUCGAAAGCAUCCUCAUGUCUCUCCCCCUCACCACCAGGUGGGAGUACAUGCACGAGCCUGCCAAAGGUUCCAAGGAAGCUGAAAUGAUGGAGGUGUUUCGAAACCCCAAGGAGUGGGUUUAACUGCAGUUUUACAUGUCGAUACUGACCAAACAUCCAGGAAAAAGUUAUGUUCUGUUUGUAUUUUACAAAGGUGUCACCUGUUUGACAAGAACAGCAGCAGAACAAACCGUCACAGAAUUGCCUGAAGAGUUUUUAACCUGUAUAAGUGCUUUUCUGUUAGCUUUGUCAAAACAGCACUUAUUUGUUUUAUUUAUAUGCCUGAGAUAAAAAUGUAUCACAUCUCUGCUUUACUGUUACAAAGCACUGAUAGGCAAAUGAGCUUAAACUGAGCCACCAAAUUAAGAACUUCUUAGCAAAUGUUAUAUAAAUGUUAAUACAUUUGCUCAUAAUGUUUACAAGUGCACCUGCUCACCAUUAUGGUCCAUCAAAGCUAAAUGAGUAUUGACUUCUUUCCAUUGAGCCAUAUUUACAUUGCGAUGGGAUUCAUUUGUGGUUAAUGAGUCACUUUCUGUUUUGAACAGCAGAGAAUAGCACUUGGAUUUAAACAUUGUGUUUCACUGAAAGAACUGGAUGAAUGUUGAUUAGAGGCCAAGUGAAACAUACAUGUUGAAGAUUUCUGUCCAUUAAACUCUUUCCAAUAAAUUUAAAUAAAUUGUAUUUUAAGAAGAA